GGAUGCGUCAUGGCGUCACUUCCUGUACCAAUUGGCAGUUGCUGUUGCCGGAGCGCCAUGUUGGUUCAAACAAAAGAAACAACUCCAUUGCCUUCAUAACAGUUCAUGACAGGCUGGAACGCAAUGGCGGAAUAUAACCUGCUUCUCAGCUUCUCAUAAGCCGGAGAUUUUCAUAAUGCCUUUUCCAAUUACCAGUCAGGUGCAAACAGCCCAGCAGACCCCAAAGCAUUAUGGGAUCACAUCUCCUAUCAGCUUGGCACUACCUAAAGAGGCCGAUCUGGUUCUCGCGCGGAAGCUGACAGAGACGCUCCGACCUUUCGGCGUCUUUGAGGAGGAGCUAGAGCUGCAGCGGAGAAUCCUAGUGCUUGGGAAGCUAAAUACGUUGGUUAAGGUGUGGAUCCGUGAAGUCAGUGAAGUUAAGAAUAUUCCAGCAUCAGUGAUUGAUAAUGUUGGUGGAAAAAUCUUCACGUUUGGAUCCUACAGACUUGGAGUUCAUACCAAGGGUGCUGAUAUUGAUGCUCUCUGCGUUGUGCCCCGUCAUGUGGAGAGAUCAGACUUCUUCUCCUCGUUCUAUGAGAAAUUAAAGGAGCAGGAGGAAGUCAAAGACCUGAGGGCGGUGGAGGAAGCCUUUGUACCAGUGAUAAAGCUGUCUUUUGAUGGCAUUGAGAUUGACAUACUAUUUGCCCGACUGGCACUACAAACCAUUCCAGAGAACCUGGAUUUGCGAGAUGAUGGCUUGCUAAAGAACCUUGACAUUCGCUGCAUCCGGAGUUUGAACGGUUGCAGGGUUACUGAUGAAAUUCUUCACCUGGUGCCCAACAUAGAGAAUUUCAGACUGACUCUAAGAGCCAUCAAAAUGUGGGCCAAACGUCAUAAUAUCUACUCAAAUAUUCUGGGUUUUCUGGGGGGCGUAUCGUGGGCCAUGUUGGUUGCAAGAACCUGCCAGCUCUACCCCAAUGCUGUGGCAUCCACACUGGUCCAUAAGUUCUUCUUGGUUUUCUCAAAGUGGGAAUGGCCAAACCCAGUCCUUCUGAAGCAGCCUGAAGACUGUAAUCUCAACCUCCCAGUCUGGGAUCCCAGGGUAACCCCCAGUGACCGGUACCACCUCAUGCCAAUCAUCACACCAGCUUACCCUCAACAAAACUCCACUUACAAUGUGUCCGCUUCUACUCGGGCCAUCAUGGUGGAAGAGUUCAAGCGUGGUCUUGCAAUCACGGAUGAAAUAUUGCAGAAUAAAGCAGAUUGGUCCAAACUAUUUGAAGCACCAAACUUCUUUCAGAAAUACAAGCAUUAUAUAGUGUUGCUAGCAAGCGCACAGGCAGAGAAGCAGCACUUAGAGUGGGUGGGCCUCGUGGAAUCGAAGAUCCGAAUCCUGGUGGGAAACCUGGAGAAGAAUGAGUUUAUCACACUCGCUCAUGUGAAUCCACAGUCAUUCCCGGGACCAAAAGAGGGAACUGACAAGGAGGAGUUCAGCACAAUGUGGGUAAUAGGUAUCGUGUUCAAAAAAAUGGAGGGAUCAGAAAAUCUUAACGUGGACCUGACGUUUGACAUCCAGACCUUCACAGACACAGUUUACCGGCAGGCGAUCUCUAGUAAAAUGUUUGAGCAAGAUAUGAAAAUCACAGCCAUGCAUGUGAAGAGGAAACAACUGCAACAACUACUGCCCAAAAUGGCCAUUCAGAGGAGCAAGAGAAAGCUUUCAUCUGAUGGUCUUCGUGCAAUGAAUGAUGGCAGUCUCGAUCUAUCAGUUGACAGUGACAACAGCAUGUCAGUGCCGUCCCCCACGGGCCUUUCAGCUGCCAAGGUCGCCCGUGCCUCCAGCCCUCAGGGCUCCACUGGGACUGCCACAAACACCUCAGAUUUGCAGGGAAAAACAGACACUUCAAGAGGAAGCACGCUCCUGGCAGGUGUCAUUGCAGUGGACGCCACUAAGCCAGAUAAUGUUGGGACUUCCAGCAGCAAUGCCCCGCGAAAGGGUGCAGCUCCACUAAAGCGGCCCACCUCACCCGUUCAGCAUGACUCGGAGAAGAAAGCCAAAGUGGACAGUGUACAACAGAACCCUCAUCCCAGUCCAUGUUUAUCUGCUGGCCCUGCCAUAAAAAGACCUGCCUCACCCCUUGAGAAUGAGAUGUCCAAGAAAGCCAAAGUAGAGGAGCUCUCAACCCCUGAAGCAAAGUCCUCAGGUGAAACUGAUGGCCGUGUAGCUGUGGAUCCAGCGCCAAGCGUUGAAGUGGUUCCUUCAGAGGGUGAAUCUAAAACAGAGACAGAAUUAACGGUGGUGGACACAGCAGAGGAGAUGCCGCCUGCCCAGAAAACACCUAACGCUGAUCUGUCGGAUGUCCCGAUGCUCCCGGCCAACCCCAUCCCCGUGGUCAAGAACUCUAUCAAGCUGAGACUCAGCAGGUAGAAGCGGCUCAAUCUUUGGCCAAUCUCGUACUCGGGAGGUAAAAUCCCUUUGUUUCCUGUCCAUGUGCAACACGGCUCUCCACAAGGGGGCAGCUCUGUUCUUCCACAAACUUCCCUGUGCCCUCUCCCUCCCUACAAUGCAAAAAAAGAGAUGUCAUACCCAAAAACCUCAAUGUGAUUUAAUGUGUUUGUGUGAUUUGGUGAAUCUUAUCACAUCCUUCUGUUUUGACCUGAAAGACAGUGACGCUUUAUGCAUUUUUUUCCCCCUUUUUGUUCUUUUUCCCUUUGUAAAUCAGUAAAGAGGCAUGUAAUUAUAUUCCAGGGUUCCGUUGGAGACCAAUCCACCACAUUGUACAGAGCUGAAGGUGUAGACGAGCAUCAAAGCGUGCUCAGUAGGUGGAGAUGCAUUGAAUCCGCGUGAACUAAUGACAGUACUAAUCUGACAUGGAAAAUUCACUAGCUAGCUCAUCCAGAUGAUUCUAGCUCACUAAUGCAGCUGUAAUUGAACCAAAUCAGUCUCAGAUUAGUGUAAACACCAUCGUUUCGCUCUGCCGUCUUCGCAGGGCAUUAAUUAUGGGUGUUAUUAGGAGUGGAGUAGCUCGUAUUCCCAGCAUGCUCUGAGGAGACCAGUGCUGGCCGUUCAUUUAGGAUUGUUUUGCCAUGUGUGUAUAUAUAUAUAUAUAUAUAUUCAUUAAAACAGAGACUACAAUAUUGAAACUUUUAUUUGCUUUGAAUAGCUUAGUUUUCUUAUAUGCUGGGAUUUUCCGAAGGUGGAAUCAAAGGUGCGUUUCGAAUGACUAUUGUGAUUAAAAUGGCAGGUCAUCUCGUCGCUGUUGAUCUGAUUUUGAGGAUGUGGAUGUGAAAAUAUAAAAGAUUGUUUUGAUUUUCAAACGAAUGAUGGUUUAUUGGGGUAGGAGAGUGAUUUUGUUCAUUUUUGAAAUCUGUACAAGCUUUUCUUACUCUGUGUUUUGUGUUGACUGUGGAUUCGUGUCACGGUAAAGCUGCCGCCCCAGGAGCACUGUCGUCACAGCACAGAUUCACUCCUGUGAAACGCCUCCUAUGGCCUUGCAAUGUUCUUUCAGUUCUUUCAUACGCUUAUUUGUAAGGACAAGGUAUUGUACUUUUUCACAAAUAAAAGUCUACAUUGUUGCAAAGAGAAAUCACUGUGAUUGGUUUAUUUGAAUCGUCUCAACA